UCCUUCAUUUUGAAGAAACAAGUCUGUGAUUUGGGCCAAAUGGCCAAGGUUUAGCCUCAGCAACUCACUUCCUCUCCCUGCAUGUCCUUUGCACCAGAAACAUACACCCUUUGGAUGAAAUCACUUGUUCUCCACUCUUACGGUUGCACCGUCUAUGAUUCCAAUGGUCUCAUCGUUUAUCGCGUUGAUAACUACGACACAAAGGGUAGAAGAGAUGUUAACCUUUUGGAUCUGCGAGGCACAGUUCUCUGUACCAUACACAAGAAACUACUUAGUUUUGGACGUUGGGAUGUGUAUAGAUGUAGCGGUUCUAACUCAGAAGCAGGAGAAAAACCUUGGUUUCAAGUUAAAAGAUGUUAUAAGAUGAUGACGGGAAAAGUAACGUGCCAGAUUACAGUGGAGUGCCAAAAGUACAGCAUAGAGAGAUCAAUCGGUGGCAAAAGGGCAUUUCGAAUUGUCGACAUAGAUGGAGACAUAGUUGCCGAUGCAAAGCAAAAGCAUUCGUCCUCGGGAGUUGUGCUGGGUAACGAUGUUCUAACGUUGGAUGUGGAGGGCGGCGUAGAUCAUGCUCUCAUAAUGGCUUUUGUCACUGUGUUCGGAUUAAUCUGCCGCAGAAUGUGAUUAUCUCUUAUCUAUCUCUAUUCUUAGCUCAUCCUUUCCACCUGAUUAUGUAUUUCUCAUGCUUGCUUUU